AUGGCUUUUGCGCGAUGUCGUGGACCAGAGGCAAACUCAUGCUUCGCCCGUGCAGGGGAUGGUGGUGGUGGCCGUGCCUUGACUCAGGAAAUGGUCUUCAUGCGGACGAAGUGCAAUCGCAUGGACCUCAUCAAGAAUUUGAACCUGUGGGGCAACGACCUGCAGGACAUCUCUGUUAUCCAGUCCAUGCCAAACCUGGAGGUCCUGAGCCUCAGCGUGAACCAGGUGAAUACCCUCGUGGAUCUUCAGCAUUGCCCGAAGCUCUCGGAGCUGUAUUUGAGGAAGAACGAGAUCAUGGAUCUGUCAGAGAUUCUGUACCUCAGGCAUCUGAGGCGCAUGAAGGUCCUCUGGCUGGCGGACAACCCUUGCGCGGAUCUGCCGUAUUACAGGCAAUACAUCUUGCAUCACCUUCCGAACCUCACAAAGAUUGACUCCGAGGACGUCACCGAGGAGGAGCGGCGAGAUGCACAGAUGAUCGACUUUGGUGGGGUAGAGACCAACCCAGUGGAUCGAGCUCAUGCUGGAGGUGAGUUCCCAUACCAGGAAGAGGCUGAAGCGUUGCAAGAUGCAGGCUUUCGCCACAAUCGUUCCGAAAGCGAGGAUUCCUACGACGACGCGCCCAGGCCUCAAGAGGCUCUGCGACGUCCCCAGGAGGAGUCCCCCUCUCGACGCCCGCCACUGGCCAUGGAACCAAGGCGCUCCGUGGUGCAUGAGCGUGCGCUUCCACCCCGAGAGAGUGCAAUCUCGACGCCCGUGCUGGACGACUCCGAGCACAAUGGCAUGAUUCCCGCGGCAGGGCAGCGGCGUCCGGCUUAUCGCUCGGCGCCAGCCCGGCAGACUCUGCCGACGGAGGACUUGAUAGAGCAGCGUCGCCUGCCACCACAGAGGAAGAACUCGCCACAGGAUCUUGGCUCUGCAGCAAGGAUGGGGCCAGGCCUUCCAGAGUCGCCCCUUCGUGGCGCAGGCCAAGAGCGUGCGGGCUUCCAAGCUCGACGAGACAGCGAGAUCGGGUCACCAUUUGCCGACCCUGGUCGAGGAGCUCGGCCGCCUAUCGAAGGGCAAGGUCGACCUGCAAAUGCGUGGGCUGACGCUCCGCCGGCCGCACUUCCACACCGUGAGGAGGGCGCACGACUCGCGAAUGGUGCGAGCCGCACGGACAACAUCCUUUGCGCCGUGCUGGCGCUUGUGAAGGAGCUGGACAGACAGGGGCUGGAGCUCGUGCGACGUUCAGUUGAGCAGCGCAUGGCAGACUUUUGA